AUGCUUUUCUACUCUCUUCUGCCUUAUCUCAACACUUCAAGACAUCUAUUUCAAAAUCAUUUGUCAUUUGAGCUCUGCUGUGUGACAGAUGCAGGGGCUUUAAUCCAGGAUGAAUGAAUGCUACUAUGAUAAGCGCAUGGACUUUUUCUAUAACAAGACAAACACUGACACAGUAGAUGAGUGGACAGGGCCAAAGCUGAUUGUUGUUCUGUGUUUUGGGACAUUUUUCUGCCUCUUCAUUUUCAUUUCAAAUUCAUUGGUCAUAGCAGCUGUGGUCAAGAACAAGAGGUUUCACUUUCCCUUUUACUAUCUCCUGGCCAACUUAGCUGCUGCAGACUUUUUUGCUGGAAUUGCCUAUGUCUUCUUGAUGUUCAACACUGGCCCAGUGUCUAAGACAUUAACUGUUAACCGCUGGUUUUUGCGUCAGGGUCUUCUGGACACCAGCCUGACAGCUUCCCUGGUGAACCUCCUCGUCAUAGCUGUUGAGCGGCACAUGUCGAUAAUGCGGAUGAAGAUCCACAGUAAUCUCACGAAGAAGAGAGUCACCUUUUUAAUUAUAUCAAUUUGGGCCAUUGCUAUUUUCAUGGGUGCUGUUCCUACUCUGGGUUGGAACUGCCUCUGUGACAUCACUGCCUGCUCAUCCCUAGCGCCUAUUUACAGCAGAAGUUACUUGGUGUUCUGGAGCAUCUUAAACCUAGUUGUCUUCUUCAUUAUGGUGGUGGUUUACAUAAGAAUCUACAUGUACGUCCAGAGGAAAACGAAUGUCUUGUCAUCACACACUAGUGGAUCCAUUAGCCGUAGGAGAACCCCUGUGAAGCUUAUGAAGACUGUCAUGACUCUCUUAGGUGCCUUUGUUGUAUGCUGGACCCCUGGCCUGGUUGUCUUACUGCUCGAUGGUCUGAACUGCACCUACUGUGGGAUUCAGAAUGUUAAAAGGUGGUUUCUUCUCCUGGCCCUGUUGAACUCUGUCAUGAAUCCCAUAAUUUAUUCAUACAAAGAUGAUGAGAUGUGGAGUACCAUGAAAAGGAUGAUUUGUUGCUCCUCUGAGGAUAAGAGUCAGGACAGACGCUCAUCGAGGAUCCCCUCGACAGUUCUCUGCAGGAGUACGGAUACCUCAGGGCACUACAUUGAAGAUGGCAUUAUUCAAGGGACAAUUUGUGGAAAAGGAGAUCUUGGUGACAAAGGAAACUCCUGA